AUGGCUUUUGUACUGCUUGCGUCCGUCAUCGGUCUCGUCACAGUCUUGUAUGGGCUGUGCACUAUCGGCCGGCGGCCCUCGUCGUACCCUCCAGGCCCUCCAACGCUGCCGUUGAUUGGCAAUCUGCAUCAGAUGCCAAGUAAGAAAGCCCAUCUCCAGCUCCAGAAAUGGGCCGAAGAAUACGGCCCAAUCUACUCUCUCAUACUCGGCACCAAAGUCAUGAUUGUGUUGUCAUCGGACAAGGCUGUCAAAGAUCUGCUAGAUAAGCGCAGCACCAUCUACUCGUCCCGGCCAGAGAUGUAUCUCGGCCAGAUUAUCAGUGGUGGGUUGCGAAUGCUUCUAAUGGAGUACGGCGAAACCUGGCGCAUGAUCCGGAAGAUGGUGCACAACAUUCUCAAUAUCAAGGCAGCCAGGUCUUACGUGCCUUAUCAAGAUCUGGAAAACAAGCAGAUGCUCUGUGACCUUCUCGAGAAACCAGAUGCGUUUAUCGACCAUAUCCGACGGUACGCCAAUUCACUUACAACUCAAAUGGUGUUUGGCUUUCGCACCAUCAGCACAGAUGACCCCAAGUUUAAGCAGCUCUUUGAGGGAUUCGAGAAAUUCAGUCUCUUAACCUCGACGACAACUGCACAACUUGUCGAUCUCUUCCCCCUGUUGAAGAAAUUACCCGAUGCUCUUCUGCCCUUGCGAAAGUACGCCAAGAAGCUGCACGAACGCGAGAAAGAGCUCUACGUCGGCCAUUGGAUGAACGUGAAGAAAGCCAUCAAGAACGGCUCGGCAAAACCCUGCUUCUGCGUCGACCUCGUCAAAGCCCAAGAUCUCGAAGGCUUCUCCGACGACCUAGCCGGCUACGUCAGCGGCUCGCUGCUGGAAGCCGGCUCCGACACCACGUCCGCCACGCUCAUCGGCUUCGUCCAGGCCAUGGUCAUCUCCCCGGACGUGCAGAAGAGAGCACAGGAGGAGAUCGACCGCGUGUGCGGCGACCGCUUGCCAAGCAUGGAGGACGAGCCGCGUCUGCAGUACAUCCGCGGGUGCGUCAAGGAGAGCCUGCGGUGGAUGCCGACCGACAUCCUCGGCGUGCCGCACGCCGUCAUCAGGGACGACGAGUACAUGGGGUACCAGAUCCCCAAGGGCGCCGGUGUGAUGUGGAAUGUCUGGGCGAUACAUAUGGACCCGAACCGACAUCCCAACCCCCGCGCCUUCGACCCGUCGCGCUACGCAGACGACCUUCAGACCGCCGCCGAGGCAGCGCUCAACCCGGACCCGAGCAAGCGGGACCACUUCGUCUUUGGCGCCGGGCGGCGCAACUGCCAGGGCAUGCACAUCGCCGAGCGGUCGCUCUUCCUCGGCAUAUCGCGGAUGCUGUGGGCGUUUGACUUUGGCAAAGCAGCCGACGCUGACGGCAGGGAGAUCACGCCCGACAUCGACAAGCUGACCGAGGGGCUCUUGGUGCAGCCCCAGCCGUUCAGGUGCAGGAUCACGCCGCGCAGCGAGCGACAUGUGCGGAGGAUCCGCGAGGAGUGGGACGCCUGUCUGCCGCUGCUUGACAAGGAUAUGCAGUGGAGGGAAGUGCCCAAGGGCAUGGCGUUUAGUACGUACACUCCAGAUAUGUGA